GUCUGGUUGGGUGGUAAGAGCAGGGUCCACGUUAUCCCGUAGAAGGACCAGUGCCGGGAGAGAUGGAACUUGGAUGGCUGGUUCAGUUCAGAGCGACAGCCAGCCGGCCAGCCAGCCACGAAUACAAUAAAGAAAAAAAGAGCCCCGAAGAUAACCAGAAAUUGAAAAUGGCCUUCGUAUCAUCAUCAUCAUCUUCUUCUAGUUGUUCACUUUGGAGUAGAGAUAUGCCAGUUCUUAAGACUCCAUGGUUAGGACGUUUAAAUUGCAAGGAUCACAUUCCUCGUCGUCGUCGUCAUCUUCUUCAUCACCAUCCUCGGCACCGUGGACGUACGGUGAGAAGAAUAUCAGUGGAAAUGCUUCCGAAUGGGUGCUUUCUUAAGGAUGCAUCAUCGGCAACAACUUCCAUUUCGCUAAAAUGCUUCUCGCAGAGGCGACGGACACCACCGCCACUAGAAGAAGAAGACGAAGAGGAGGAGUUGGAAUUGGAAAGGCUGUUCUCGAACCUCAAUAAAGCCACUCUCAAGAGGGAGCCCGGAAGCCUCACCAGUGCGAUUUUUCUCGUCUCUGGCACCACCGUUGGUGCAGGGAUCCUUGCAAUUCCUGCAGUGACGCAAGAAUCUGGGUUUCUGGCCUCUGCAAUUACCUGCAUUAUUUGUUGGGUAUUUAUGGUUGUGACAGGGCUGCUUGUUGCAGAAGUGAAUGUCAACACAAUGUGUGAACUGGGGUCGGGUGGUGUGUCAUUGGUAUCAAUGGCCAAGAGAACUCUCGGGACAGCUGGAGUUCAGAUUGCUUGCUGGUCGUACAUCUUCAUACAUUAUGCUCUUCUUGUUGCCUAUGUGGCUCGUUCAUCAGAUAUUUUGACAAAUUUCCUUGGGAUCCCACUAUGGGAAAGUGCAACCUUGUUUUCAUUGCUUUUGGGUGGAAUUUGCUACAUUGGAAGUCAGCGGUUUAUUGGAGCAGUAAAUGGUGUUCUCAUAUUUGGAAUCAUCAUUUCCUUCGCUGCUCUCGUGGCAGUUGCAAGUGGAAACAUACAUUGGGAUGCUCUUCUGAAAGCCAAUUUUGAAGCUGUUCCUCUCAGUAUACCCAUAAUUGCACUUUCUUUUGUUUAUCAGAACGUGGUUCCUGUCCUCUGUAUGGAUCUUGAAGGAAAUCUGCCCAAAGUGAGGACUGCAAUUGUCCUUGGCACAGCUAUCCCCCUUGCCCUAUUUCUCAUAUGGAAUGCUGUUAUUCUUGGAUCAAUCACAAGUCUUGAGAUGGGCUCUGAUAAGAUUGCUGACCCUUUGCAACUACUGCGAUCUACCAAUGCAGAAGUUGGGCCAAUAAUCGAGGUGUUCUCACUUCUUGCAAUUGCAACGUCCUACAUUGGAUUUGUUUUGGGUCUCGUCGAUUUCCUUGCUGACUUGCUGAAACUCCCAUCUGGCCAGAGCCGACCUCUGCCAUAUCUACUCACUUUGGUUCCACCAUUAAUCUUGUCACUGCUGGACCCAGAUAUAUUCUUCAAAGCAUUGGAUUUUGCUGGGACAUAUGGAGUGUUAGUACUGUUUGGAAUUCUUCCUGCUGCCAUGUCUUGGUCAGAUAGGUAUUCGGAUUCGACUGAGUUGCCAAAACUGCCCCAGUUGGUUCCUGGAGGCAGGCUCACACUUUCUCUUGUGAUUGGAGGUGCAGGACUUGUCAUAUUCUCAGAAUUGGUUGAGAACUUCAGCCGUGCACAUUAAUCAGGACUGAAGGAUUUCCUGUUCUUUUACUCUUUCUUGCUAUUUGGAGCUAAACUAAGCCCCCUGAAUGGAACCUCUGCCACCUACUGACUUGCAAUUUCUAAAAUGCUCUGACCAUAGUCUGAUAUCCGCUUACCAGAAAAUAGCUUUCAGUUUGUAUAUAAAUGUGUAUUUCCUUCA